AUGAAUCGCUUCGACAGCAUCCACUUUGCCGACCUUACUGGACCGGGCGGCGGUCAGUGGGUCCGAAUCGGUGGCGGAAGCUUUGGUGUAGUCUACAAGGGGGAAUACUUGGGGACAGAAGUGGCCAUCAAGGAAGUGCUUCCGAACAACACGUACGACGUGGAAAAGUACUUUGAGCGUGAAUGCGUCCUCAUGAAAGAAGCGCGGCACCCCAACAUCGUUCAGUAUAUCGGCGUAUCGAAAAGUCCCGAUCCCGACGGAAGAGUCUACAUCGUCUCCGAAUUUGUCGGCGGCAACAUGCGGUCUUACAUUGCCGACAAGCACAAACCCUUCGACUGGCCUUUGCGCAUGAGCUUUGCCACCGACGUUGCCCGCGCUGUGGCGUACCUGCACGCACGACAAUGCUUGCACCGAGACUUGAAAGGCGAGAAUCUUCUCAUCACAGCGAACAAUCGGGUCAAGGUGUGCGACUUUGGCUUCGCGCGCAUAGCGGCGAGGAACGAAGAAGAGAUGCGAAGGAUGAGCUUCUGCGGCACUGAUGGGUACAUGUCGCCCGAAAUUCUGAUGGGCGUCGAUUUCAGUCUGCCCACGGAUAUUUUCUCCCUUGGAGUCAUCUUCUGCGAGAUCGCAUCUCGUCACCUCGUGGAUGCAAAUACGUUCAAGCGACAGAUGCCCACUUUUGGCGUGGAGGAAGUAGAGAUUCGUGAAAUGGCUUCCAAGGGAUGCCCAGAGGCAUUCAUUAGACUCUGCAUCGACUGCGUGGCGGUCGAGCCGGAAGCGAGACCAGAAAUGCGCGACAUCGUGCGUCGCCUGCGCGAUAUCGAACAAGAUGUUCUGACGCGCGAGGCCAAAGCUGGUACUCUGCAAAGCGUUGGAAGUUUGCGAGGCUCCAGCCUCAAGGCUGUGCUAAAUGCCGGCAGCAAGCGAAAAGGAGCAGGUGGGCGACCAGGCGGACCGCCCAGACUCCCAAGCUUCAACGGACAGGUCAAGGUUGGAGAGCCCUCCACCAUCAAGGAGGAGCCCAAUGGACAUUACGGCGGAUCGUCAUCGGAAGGCGAGGACAGCGACGAGGACAUGGAAGAGGCACUCGCCGCACUGGAGCGCGUGGGUGUCCACGACCCCCUCGACAACAAGCUCGGUGAGCUUGACACAGGCAGCACCUUCAAGGUGUCCGGCCACGGCAAUCCUUGGUGGAGCGACGAGCAGGGAAGCGCUUUGCCCAGUCUGCGCACCUCGUGGACGCAGAAAACGAUGGCAAAGGACAGUACCGUGAGGGCGUCGAGUGCCUCCAAUCCUUUUGCCAGCGGCGACACAGACACGACCUACAGUACGAGUGUGGUGCGCCCGUCGAAGAUCAAAGAUGCACAUGCAGCUUUAUCAAACACGCUGUCCACCAUGACCGUGAAGCAAGAGGAUGUCACUGCAAGUGACUCGAAGCGCACUGCGGGAAGAGCAGAUCGAGUGGAGCCGUCGGACGCCUCCACCUUGCGCGGCGACACUGGCCACGACGCAAACGGCGCGGCAGCAGCCGAAGGGGAUGAUGAUGUGACGCAGUCCUUUAUGACCGCCAGAUCGCAUCGUCAGGACCCUUCCAUUGCAAUGGCGACCAUCGCUUCCUCCACGCUUACCCGUCAACGCAGCCCUACGCAAGAUGGUCAGGAGCAUUAUCACGAUCCCCUUGUCUACCAUCGUUUCACGCUGGUCAAGAACGGAAUGAGGAAGCCAACGCCGAUGGGGGCCGCUGCUGCCGCAGCUGCCUCCGGUCAAGUUGCUCCCACGGCAGGCAGCAUGAUCCCGCCCGGGCUGAUCCUGGCAAAUGCGCUCGCCAAGUGCUACGUUUGCGGAAGGCGCCUUGGAUUCGGCGCAUUCAUGGAUUGCGACGAUUGUCCCGUCAAGACACACGUCGCUUGCGCUCAACUUGCGGAGCCAUCAUGUCUCGAGAUGCAGAUUCCAGGCACUCCAGUGCUAAGCGCCGUCAAUGCUUCUCGACGCGCGUCGCGCCAGGCCUCUGGUGGCAGCAGCACUGUUGACCCGCUUACUCGCCCAGCCUCCCCAGCUGCGACAGCGCUGGCUCGACAAGCUGCGUUGGGCGAACAGCAGCGCGCCGCUUCUCCACCGGCUGUAGCGGGUGCAAAGGGCUUGUUCAAGGGCAAGCGAGACAAGCGCUCGGGGAAAAGCCCUCCGCCCGCCCAGCCCGAUGUGACCGCCGUCAAGGCGUCGUAA